AUGCCAUUUAUCUCGAAGAUACAGCGGCAGACAGAUUACAGUAGUUUCCCGUCAUCUCAUCCAAUUGUAAUCGACAAUGGUGGCUCCUACUUCCGCAUUGGAUGGGCUGGGGAAAACGAACCUCGAGUUGUGUUCCGGAACAUUAUUCAGAGACCUCGUCAUAAGAUUACUGGUGAAACAGUAACGGUUGUAGGGGACCAUAAUCCUGCUUUACUGAAAUACUUCGAUUGCACUAGGUCGGGACCUCGCUCUGCUUUCGACGGCAAUGUUGUCUAUCAGUUUGAAAUAAUGGAAUAUAUUCUUGACUUCGGGUUUGAUCGAUUGGGUGCGGAUCAGUCACAGAUUAACCAUCCUGUCUUGAUUACUGAAUGUGCUUGCAACCCUGUCCAGUCUCGCAGUAAAAUGGCUGAACUUCUUUUCGAGUCUUAUGGGGUUCCAUCAGUAGCAUUUGGCGUUGAUGCGGCAUUUAGCUACAAGUACAAUCAACAAUUUGGCAUUUGUAGUAAUGAUGGUCUCGCAAUCUGUUCUGGAUUCAAUACAAGUCAUGUUAUUCCGUUUUUGAAUGGCGAACCUGUCUAUGAAGCAUGUUGCCGGAGUAAUAUUGGUGGUUAUCACGUCACUGAUUAUUUGAAGCAACUUCUUUCACUUAAGUACCCGCAUCAUAUGUCUCAGCUUACAUGGGAGAAAGUUGAAGACCUGAAGAUGGAACACUGUUAUAUUGCACCAGAUUACGCAUCAGAAGUUCGAUUAUUUCAGAGAGGGGACAAGAAAGCUGAAGAGAAAACCAGGUGUUGGCAGCUUCCUUGGACCCCCGCACCAGUUGAGGAGGCCCCAUCCGAGGAAGAAGUUGCUAGAAAGGCUGCUCUAAAAGAGAAGCAAGGUCAAAGAUUAAGGGAGAUGGCUGAAGCAAAGAGAUUCAAUAGAAUUAAUGAUCUUGAAAAUGAAAUAAGAGACUUGGACAUGUUGUUGCAGAGGCUCAGUGAUGUAGCCGAUAGUGAUAUUCCUUCAAUCCUUGGAAGUACUACUUUUACUUCAAAGCAGGACGCGGAAGCGGCCCUUGUGAAGGCAAGGCAAUCUUUAAGGAAAGCAAAGGGAGAACCUGUUGAAAGUAUUGAGAAGAUGGAUGCUGCUUCUACUGAUAGAUAUAAUCUAAUUAAUGUACCUGAUGAGAUGCUCACCCAGGAACAGCUGAAGCAAAAGAGAAAACAGGUGUUUAUUAAAUCAACGUCCGAGGCACGACAGCAAAAGAAACAGAGGCAGGUAGAGGAGGAACAAGAAAGAGAACGGCAAAAGCAGCUAGAGGAAGAAAGACGCCUAGAGAACCCAGAGCGCUAUUUGGAAGAGUUACGAGCAAAGCACAGAGAUCUUUUGGAGAAAGUCGAGCAGCGAAAUAGAUUAAAGACAAAUGGUGGACAGCAUAAUAAUGGUAAUGGGAAUAACAAUAAUAAUGCAUCGGGAGGGGUCGGUCGUGGGGAGAGGUUGAGUUCCUCUCACAGAGAGAGGAUGCGCCUUUUAACUACAGCAGCUUUUGACCGGGGAAAGGGAGAGGAUACUUUUGGUACCAAAGAUGAAGAUUGGCAGCUCUACAAGCUGAUGAGUCGAGAUAAUGAUGAUGAUGACGAUGAUAAGCCUGAUCCGGAUGAAGUCGAGUUAGCUCGUGUCUCCUCUAGACUCCAGGAAAUCGACCCGACCUUCAUCUUCAAAUCUGAGGUUGGAUCCUCGUCUGCGGAGGCGCCCCGUUUUCGUCCACUGACCAAAGAAGAUUUCCAAAUUAUACUCGGUGUAGAAAGGUUCCGGUGCCCGGAAAUUCUGUUCAAUCCCAACUUGGUCGGAAUCGAUCAGGCGGGGUUAGAUGAGAUGGCUGGCAUCUCGAUCAGGAGGUUGGGCUCGAAAGGCUGCAGCCAAGAAGACAGACUAACCGAAUCAAUCUUGCUGACAGGUGGCAGCUGUCUCUUUCCUGGCCUGAGCGAGCGUUUAGAAGCAGGAGUUCGAAUGCUGCAGCCGUGCGGGACCCCCAUAAGAAUCCUCAGAGCAUCAGACCCAAUACUCGAUGCUUGGCGUGGGGCUUCUGCUUAUGCUGCUGCUGUUCAGUUCUCACAGCAAACAUUCACGAGAUUGGAUUAUUUCGAGAAGGGCGAGGAUUGGCUUAGGAAUUAUCGGCUGAGGUACACGUUGUGA